AUGUCCUCGGGACCUCUUCUCACGCCUCUCCCACCCUCUACGCAUAUCAAGAACUCUGAUAAGAGCGCGCUCUUUCUCUCCACUCACUCGAACUUCACACUCUGGCCGUACUGCGAUUACUUCCUAGGCCAAAAUGAGAUGCGGGGAACAAAACAUAAGAGUCUGCGAAGAAAGCCCAUCAAGCAGCAAGAUGCGAGAAAUCGACCGAGAAAGGAGUUUCAGGAGAUCUUUGAGGUGUGUGGCUACGAUGCGCGGGAUGCGGCGCAGGAUUGGUGGGUACAGUGGGGCGUGCUUGGUGAGAUAAUGUUGGGUAUGACGCAGGAGAAUGGGUGA